AUGGCUGACAUGUUACCUUUAGCUACCUACAGUUUAAAUGUUGAACCAUUUACUCCAACCCCUGCCAUUGAUGUUAACACUCCAGUUACCAUCCGUAUCACCAUGGCUGCUUUGAACCCAGACAGUUAUGAUGACGAAAAGAAACCAUCUACCUUAAGAAUCAUCAAGAGAAACCCAGAUUUCGAUGAUGAAGAUGAUGACAUUUUAGGUGAUUACGAUGAUGAAGAAAUCGAUAACGAAGAUGAUGAAGAUGAAGAAGAAGAAGAAGAAGAACCAAUGACUGCUGAAGAAACUAUGAAGAAAUUAGCAGAAGUUAAGAAGAGCAAAAAUGCUAAGAAGCAAUCUAAAAAAGAUGAAGCUGAAGAAGAAGAAGAAGAAGUAGAAGAAGAAGAAGAUGAUGAUUAUGAUGAAGAUGAUGAAGAUGAUGAGUUCCACGAAUACAUUCUAUUGACUCUAUCUCCAGACUCCGCUUACCAACAAACUUUAGAUUUAACCAUUGCUCCAGAAGAAGAUGUUCAAUUUGUGGUCACUGGUUCUUAUGCUAUUUCCUUAACUGGUAAUUUCGUUAAGCAUCCAUUUGACACUCCAAUGGUUGACUUCGAUGACUUCGAUGAAGAAGACAUCUAUGGUGAUGAUUCCUCUGACGACGAUGACUACGAUUUGACUCCAGAUGAAGAUGAAAUCAUUGACGAUGAAUUAGAUGACCUAGAAGAUGCCAGUGAUGUCGAAGGUCGUAUUGAAGAAUUAGUUGCUGAAGAAGAAACUCAGAAGAAGGGUAAGGACAAGAAGGACAAGAAGAGAAAGCAAGAAGAAGAAACUAAGAAGGAAGCCAAGAAAGCUAAGAAAGUUGAAUUCAAGAAAGAUUUAGAAGAAGGUCCUACUAAAAAGAAGGAAGAGCCAAAAAAACCAAAGACCAAGGUUUUAGAAGGUGGUAUUAUAAUCGAAGACCGUAAGACUGGUACCGGUCCAUUAGCCAAGAGAUCUUCUAAAAUCGGUAUGAGAUACAUUGGUAAGUUAAAGAACGGUAAAGUCUUUGACAAGAACACCAGCGGAAAACCAUUCAACUUCAAGUUGGGUCACGGUGAAGUCAUUAAAGGUUGGGACAUUGGUGUCGCCGGUAUGGCCGUUGGUGGUGAACGUAGAAUCGUUAUUCCAGCAGCCUAUGCAUACGGUAAGCAAGCUUUACCAGGUAUUCCAGCCAACUCUGAGUUGACCUUCGAUGUUAAGCUAGUUUCCAUGAAAUAA